AAAAAUAAUCGAGGAGAAGCCGAGAAGGCAAUACACCAUUCUGAGUUACCUCAUUAGUAUUUCAACAAAAAAGGCCCCUAUACAGUUCACUGGGCUCAGCACCAAUGCUCUGCACUGAUUACACAAGUGCAUUGUCAGCAUAAUUGUCAGUACGUUUGCACAGCGGUAUGCCUCCAAUAAUGCCAUGCGCCGAUAAUUACAAAAUACUAUGACUCAAAUGUAUUACACAAAACUACAAAAAUCAAAUAAUAUAUUUGAUUUUAUUUGUGUUAUAAAAUAGUAAAAGAUCACAACUUUUUAUUUUUCAUUUUCCCAAUUGUUCCAUCAGAGCUGGGAGUAAAAUUCAUUCACAUCGCGACAUGUUUUAUACAGUUUUAUAGUGCUGAAAUUUCGCAAAGUUACAGUUUUAUAAAUGCUUACCUUGGCGGAUCAUCGAACAAUAUCAUGCUUAAACCUGACAAAUCCAAAAAGGAAAAUGCUCGUAAAGACACAAAAACGGCAGAAAAGGAACGUUUAUUGAACGGAUAUGCACAGCCGCAGAAUUAUAAAACUGGUCGUGUUUACGUGUAUGGCAAGAACAAUUCUCAUUAUUGUCCUGAAGAUAGUGAUGAUGAAAACAUUGAAUUUGAAAUGAAUGAAAUACGAUCAAGGACUAGAUUGAACAAAGAAAAUGGCAAUAAAAAUAAUAGUAAUAGUGAAUUGAAAAAGAUUAGUGUUAUUGAAAGACCUGUGUUUCAGAAUGAUACUUUAUCAAAGUUUGCUUUGCAGUAUGGAUGCACGAUUGGUGAAUUAAAAACAACAAAUAAUCUGUUCAGUGAUCAAGACUUUUAUGCUCUGAAACAUAUAAAAAUACCCAUACAACCUCACAGUUUAUUGACUGAGCGAGUGCUAGCAGAAAAUAAAGAGGAGAAUGUCUCUCAAGUCAACAAUGAUUCCGGCUCUGAUUAUGAAGAUAUUGAUGGGAAAUCAAACACAAAUGUUAGAACCAUGAGCAUUAGUGCAAGUAUGAAGGACACGGAGAAAUUUCUAAUGAGAAUGGAUGAUGAUUUACAAAAAAUAUGUCAGAGUGUCUCAAACAGAGAGCCAGAUUUAGAACAUGUCACUAAAAAACUAACAACUCAAUGCAUACGCCCAAGAAAUAGAAAAAAUGAGACAGAAGAAUUAGGAUCAGUAUGGUCUGGUUGUGGCUGGAAAUCAGCUGUGGCAGUUUUUAUAUUUGUCGCAAUAGUCUUACCAUUGAUAUAUUUUAUAUAUGUAGAAAAAUUCAAAUCAUAGGCUAUGGAUGUUUGUAGAGUUAUUGUAAAAAGGUCAAAGAUGUGAUGAUAGAAAUUUUUUGACAAA